UCUGCGCAGCUGACCGCUCACAGGACGACCCACACACACGCGCGCGCACACACACACACACACACACACACACGAUCCAAGCGACAAACCUCUGAUAAAGUCGGACUAACUUGUGCUUCACCUGCUCCAGUUGUUCCAGAUGUUUCUGUGUUUUCUACUAGAAGCGGGCGCAGGUGGCUUUGGUUGAAGGAAAGAGUCCAAACUGUCGCUGAAAACUCUUCCUCUCACUCUUUUGUCUUUCUCUGCGGUCAGGAACCUGUGAAAAGAGACGAUAAGGAUUCACUGGAAACUGGGAUUUACCUGUGGUGGCGUCUUUUACAUCUUUGGGAAUAAGUUUUAUGGUUUUUUUUUUUAUGAAGAAAUAAAUACAAACUGAGGGCUCCACCUGCUGAGAAGAAACGAGAGGCUUCAGGGAUUGUUGAGGGCUUGCCCUAAGGAGUUAGGAGAGAAGGAGGAAGUAAGGAAGGAACGGAAGAAGGACGGAGGAUCAUUCCUGUCCACUGUAUACAGAUGUAUGUUGAGAAAGUUGUAACAGAGGGGAAGAUGGGGAGCAGGGGAAUAUCUCUGACCUGUGUGUUCACCCCCUGCCGGGUGAUCGGGGCAUUUGUGACACUGAUUAUCUUGGGAGCCAUUGGAGCAGCUGUUUGGGCCGUAGUUAUGUAUUGCACGAUGGAGGAAGACACAGGCCUGUAUGAUGUCCAGGUCAAUUCUGCUGACCAACGUCUCAGAGUCUUCGAUUCCACGCAGAGGAGGUGGCAUGAGGUGUGUUCCUCCUCAGCCAAUGAGCUGCUUGCGGGUAUCAGCUGUGAAGAAGUGGGCUUUGUCAGUGUGGCGAAUUACUCAGUCACAUCGGUGCCAGAGGCCAGUGGAGAUGCUGGAGAGUUCUUCUGUGUCAGACAGGAAGAGCUCAGCUACGGCAAGAAAAUCAAAGACUCGUUGUUCCCAUGUGACUGUGAGAGCAGGGAGGUUCUCACUCUGCUGUGCCAAGACUGUGGCAGGCGUAGUUUUGCAGCAGACCGUAUAGUCGGUGGUGUGGAUGCCAGGCAGGGCAACUGGCCUUGGCAGGUCAGCUUACAGUACGAUGGAGUUCAUCAGUGUGGAGGAUCCAUCAUCUCAAACCGCUGGAUUGUCUCUGCAGCACAUUGCUUCCCCGAACGCCGCUUUGUGAAUCGCUGGCGUGUGCUGCUGGGCUCCAUCUAUAACAAACCAGUCAACGGCGUCGCGGCGGAGGUGAAGACCAUCGUUUAUCACAGCAGCUACCUGCCCUCUGUAGAUGCUAACAUUGAUGACAACAGCAGGGACAUCGCCGUUCUGGCCCUCACCCAACCUCUUACUUUUACUGAAUACAUCCAGCCUAUUUGCCUGCCAGCAUACGGUCAAAGACUGAUAGACGGACAGAUGGGAACCGUGACGGGCUGGGGAAACGUUGGGUACUACGGUCAUCUAGCAGACGUCCUCCAAGAAGUGAGCGUCCCCAUCAUCAGUGACACUGUCUGUAACGCUCCCGACUACUACGACAAUCAGAUCACCUCCAGCAUGUUCUGUGCUGGUUAUGAGAAAGGAGGCACUGACGCCUGCCAGGGAGACAGUGGCGGUCCCUUUGUGGCAGAGGACUGUCUGUCUAAGAGCAGUCGGUAUCGUCUGCUGGGGGUGGUGAGCUGGGGAACAGGCUGUGCCAUGCCAAAGAAACCUGGCGUCUACACCAGAGUGUCCCGGUUUCUGCCGUGGAUAUCUACCGCCAUGAGGAACUAUCACAACUCACCAGGGGUUCACAAAUUGGCCCGGCCAUGAGAUGACUGCUCCUACAUUUCUACUUUUUCUACACUGAGACGACAACAUGGACAGAUCCUGUACAUAUCAACGGGAAGUGUUACAAUGGAGGGUCUUGAAAGCUGCGAUGUUCCUCUUGUAUCAAAGUUCUCGACACCCCUUCUUACCCAAAAUGUUUUGUUGAGGAUUUUUCCACUUCUAUUCCACAUGGUAAAAUGUUUGCCAAUAUCAUAUUCCUUUAGAGAGCAGUCAAGCGACCACAUUUAUCAGACAGUUACACUGUUUUUUAAUCAUUGGUUCAAGAACAAAUGAUCAGGGGCUCAGAUUUGAGGAGAAAGUCGUCUCUCAUUAUGACGAGUGAAGACGUGACCAUGAAAGCAAAUGUUAAUGUGUUUGAGGAUAUGAGUCCCAUAAAAGCAAAAAUCAUAUCAAAGGUAGUUGGUUUGCCAAAAUAAAAGCCCAAGAGAGCAUCAGAGUUCCUGCGGAUGACGUCUGUGGGUCAAAACCUUCAGGCAGCCAUUCACAGCAAAGGACUUUCCACAAAAUAGUAGAUAUGUAGAUCUUCAUAUGUAUUCCUCCAAUUUCUUUCUAACCUGUAAACUUUGCCUACUAUGUGUUUAAAGGUCUAUAUCUCCCCCACAGUUCUUUCUAUGUUGAUGUGAACCUACUCAGAUAUAUGCUGAGACUUAGCACCUUAAUGUUAUAAGAUCCAUGAUUUUAUUUCACUUGAAUGUCCCGAGCCUGAAGAGUAAAAAUGUGCACCUGUCCAAAUACCACGGUCUGGAAUAAAUCCUGAAGUUUUGUAGAUAAACAAAGACAGAGCUCUUUAAGAGACAGGGGAUAAAGUUAUAUUCAAACUUUGCUACCGAAAUAUUAUGGAGACAUUAUGAAUUUUAUUCAUAAAAAGUCAAAAGUGAAAUAAUACAAGACUCACUAUACUGGAUUUAACAUUCCUGCUGUGUAGAACACAAUGAGAUUAUUUUUCUGAAAUGGCUUUUUCUUCUCUCUUUUUUUUAGCUGCAUUUUCUCCAAUGUCACCCGAAGUUACAUUAGAAACAAAUAACCAAUAUAAUGUUUGAGCUAAACAUCAAUAACAUGAAUGAAGUCUUGUAAAGACUCAGGUCUAUCUUCAAUAUUCUAGGUGUAAUCACAAGGAUUCAUACAAUAAGAUUUUAAAGAUUUUAAAGAUCACGUGCAGCCUCAGCACUUUCAAUACUUUCACACUGUGCAACACAAAGACACAGACAGUGUCAGUGAUGCGUGAGUAAUUCCAGCUGAUCAGACUUAUUUCGACAAAAUUACAAAUAUUUACACAGUAUAAUUGUCAUUUUGUUAUAAACCCGUGAGCUGAAUGCAGUGUGUGUUUUUAUGCAGUAGCCUGACUUCAUCAUGGAUGAUUAUUCAUACAAGAUUUAAAUCUUUACCAAAUUUCCAUGUUUGCAUCAGUAUUUUGCUUUAUUUUGUAAAUAUUAGUUAGUAAAUAUUUGUGUCUUGUUAAUGUAGAUGUUUUUGUCUGACACAGAUCUUAUUGCCAAGCGUGCAAUAACCUCAUAAAUCAUCUUCUCGUGAAAUAUAUCUUUUAGUACGUAUUAGAGAAGACUUUACUGUACCUCUGAGUACCUGUAGCUAACACUGUGUGAGUGUCCUUCACCUGGCCUGAAUAAAGAAUGGGAUGUGAGCACUAAUAUCUACAUUUAAACUGUUUGUGGCAUGUUUGCUUCUGAUGUACAGUAUGUGUGCAUUUAUAGCAAAUGUGAUGUGAGAAAUAAGUAUUGUAAGAUGUAAAUUGUUGCAUUGAGUAUUGUAUUGAAGUCAUAAUUAAAAGCAACUUGCCCACA